CUGACGUUUAGAAUUCUGAAUUGCGCGUCUUCAGUCUUAAUAGCUUACAAUUACAAGUGUGUGCGACUGUUUAUUGAAAUCAAAUCGUAAAUCUUUAUCGGUUUAUUUAUUCACAGGUCAUAAUAGAUAACAAUAAUUUUGUAUAAAGAUAAAUAAACUUAAAUAAUUAAAUAUCAUAAUGGACAACUUAAAGCAGUUCACCAUAAUGGGUUCUGAUGAUAAUUGGCGAACGCAGAAUUUUCGACAGAAUGUUGUGACCAAGAUAGAGGAGGUUAUUCAGAAGUCAGGUAUGCAAGUUGCUCGCAAUAGCAGUGAAAUGGAAAAUCACGUCUUCAUGAAAGCUAAGACUAGAGAGGAAUAUUUAAAUAUGGUUGCAAAAUUGAUUUUACAUGUGAGGGAGAUGUCGCAACCAAAACAAAACCAAGGUCAAAACAUGCAAGGGCCCAAUCAAAAUCAAGGAGGUCCAGCAAACCAAGCUCAAACUCAGCAGGGACAGCCUCAACAAGGUUCUUCAAACCAAGCAGGGAUGGCCACUGACCCUAUAAAUGCCUUACAGAAUAUGACCUCACAGGGCUCGAGGAACCAAAUGAUGAACAUGGGACCAGGUCAGAUGCAACAAGGAGUUCUUGGACCAAAUCCUGGAAUGGGAGGGAUGCAGACACAAAUGGGACAACAAGGGCCCAUUGUAUCACAAGGCCCACAAGCUCAGACUGCUACAAAUCUGCUCCAAACAUUAAACCAGAGACCUCAAUUAAAUAUGCAGCUGCAGAACAAAUUAAGUGGGCCAAUAGGCAUGGCCCCCAACCAGGGACAGAUGGGUAACAAUAUGGUCGGAGGUAUGGGGAUGGGUAAUAUGGGCAGUCAGUUGCAAAAUCACUUAGCGGCUCCGGGAAUGCAGGGGCAGAUGAUGCCCAACAUGUCCAUGUCGAACACCAUGCAGGUCCCAAUGUCGGGAGCGAGCACCAUUGUAGGGCAAAUGCAAUGCAACCAGGUUGUGGGUGGCAUUGGUGGUCAGAUGACACAGAACACUAUGCAGGGACAGAUGCCUAAUCAAAUGGUUGGCAACAUGGGCAACAAUCAACUGGUGAACAUCAAUAUGCUGCAAAUGCAUCGUAGUCAGGGUAAGGAGGUGGUGAUGGGAGCUGGAUACACCCAGCGUGCUCCACCACACAACCAGUUCCUAAGACAGAGCCCUUCGCCAUCUGCGUCAUCUCCGAACAUGCCCGGGCCUAGUCCUGUGUCCAUGGGCGGGGGAGUCCUCAGCGGCGCAUUAUCUUCUCCCAUGGGUUUGGGCGGGCUCGGCGCGUGCUCGGGCGGCUCGCCCAACCCCAGCGGCAACCACCACAUGACGCACCACCCACCACAACAACGCGUGAACAUGGGCAUGGCUGCCUCACCGUCUUCAUCUCUGAACACGCCGGUGGGUGGUGGGGUGGCGUCUCCCGGGGGGGAGGAGGCGGCCUACAGGGAGAAGGUUCGCCAACUGUCCAAAUACAUAGAGCCGCUUAGACGGAUGGUGCUCAGGAUGGUCAGCGAGGGAGAGAAUGUGGAGAAGCUAACUAAGAUGAAGAAUCUAUUGGACAUAUUAUCAAACCCUAAUAAACGCAUGCCGUUGGAGACAUUGAUCAAGUGUGAGGUGGUGUUGGAGAAGCUGGACUUCAAACGGAGUGAGGGUGUCGGACUAGGGCUGCCGUCUGCCGGAAAGGAGCAGAUCUUCAACCCCCUACUGGAGGUAGUGAACAACUGUCUCCAGUCUCCGCUGGCCAACCAUACCCUCAAGAGGACAUUCGGUUCAACUCUCGAUGCCCUCAAUGGACCGGAGAUCAAGAAUCUUCCACCGCCGCCUCCGAAAAUAGCGAAAGUGGAGGAACCCACCAUGGAAAUACCAGACGUCCUGCAAGGAGAGAUCGCGAGGUUGGACUCCAGGUUUAAGGUGUCCUUGGAGACGAUGCAGCUGUCAGGUGGUGAGGGCGCCAUCUCUUUGAUCGCUCAGUUGGACGACGUGCGCCUGCCGUGUGUGCCGGCUGUCCACGUGACCGUGCCCCGGGACUAUCCGGCCGCCUCGCCCGCCCGCCUCCGACCGAAGACCACCAAGAGGAACAACGAGGACUGCUUCCUGGCCAGGGUCGAGAAAGCUAUGGACGCGAGAUGUGCCAGAUUACCGAAAAGUUGUUCGGUGGGCCAGUUACUGGACGCGUGGGAGAUGAGUGUGAGACAAGCCUGUGCUCCGAACCCCCAGGCUUACAACGCUGUACCAGCCCUAGGACUGUAAGAUGUUUGUUCAAGAAAUGCUCACGGUGUUCGAAGCCAUAAAUCUCCAGUUAGAAGAGACGAGUGAGCAGUGAUGGUUUUAUUUGUUACAAAAAUUUAAUAAUUUACAAGUUACGUGGACUGUAUUAACACACACCCACAUGAUUAGGCAUGGAACCAAUAUUGCCCGCUAACAGGGCGAGCCAAUCAGCUAUUUGCUAUACUCAUCUUAGGCACAUGGGACAUGAAAUACUCAGUUGUUUAGUGCAGAUCUGUUGAAUGCAUUAUUUCUCUGUGAGCCCGUUUUUUAUUGUUUCAAUAUUUAAUUGCCUUCUGUUCUAAGUUAAUCAUUAAUUUCUCGGUUCCCAUUGCUGUGUGGUUUACAAUCCAAUCCCAAUGAAUGAUAUAGGUUGUAUAGAUUUUUAAAUUAACCAAAUGUUAAUUCAAUAGUUAAUUCAAUAAUAAUAUCUGUAUAACAUUAUACAUGAAGCGCAAUGUGUACUUGUGUAUGUGAACCCCAAAUUGAGGUGCACAUUGAGCGACAGCAAACAAUUUCAAGCAUCAAAAUUAUAAGAAAAUUGUUUUGCAGAUUGUGAUAUUUAUCUGUGAUAAGUUUAUGAGAGACAACAACAUUGGCUCCAUCGAGCUAGGAAUAGGGAUAGUGUUAGGGCGACUUCACAUCUGGUUGAAUGUACAUGUGAAGUGACCCUUACAUGCGUUAUGAAUCUUGAACAGAGAAUAUAAUCAUGAAUAAUUUGUUUACGAAGACGCUACUAAAAUAUAGUUCGAUUUAAUUUUUUUACAUAUAUAUUGUUUUAGAUAUAUCAGAGAGUAGAGAAUAAAAUUUUUAAUAUAUACCUAAUUAUUACUUGACAGGUAACCUAUUAGGAUAUUUAGUUUUAAGUUUAAUUCCUUACAACUAAGUCGGUUUGUACAUCAACGGUUUAAUUUAACAGAGACACGGUGGUUAAUGAGUUAAUAUAGUUUUGUUAUAUCGUAGCAGUGAAAUAAAUUAAACAAUUUAUGCAUAAGAUAGUUUUAAGAGGCUACGUAUGUUGAAUAAUAGUGCACAUAUCGAGAGCUGAACUAAUAUAAUUUAACUGACAUUACGUCCGGGAACCUGUUACGAUAAGAACGAAUAAUGUAAGCUGUUUGAAAUAAAAUUAUUUUAUUAUACAAUACAUUUUACACUUAAUAAUGAAAACAAAUUUGUUAAAUAAUGUUUUGGUACUGACAUGAAGCGACAGUCUGUCUUAUACUGUUAUAUGAAAAUGACCGCAGAUAUUUAAUAAAUAUAGUAUUAAAUA